UCCGCGCACUGCACUCCAGCCAAUCAACGUUUAGAUCUGACGUGACGCGAGCUUCUCGUUAGCCCCCCUCCCCGCCGGGAGCCGCCCUCUCUGAGAAGCCACGCCCACCUCUUGCCUAGCUGCAAGGCUCUGGCACAUCCCGCGCGGUCCUAAUGCUUGAUGGGUUCCAGCAGACUGAGGACGUGAGUUUAGGACUUUCGGACCACGGCGAGGAUAAGGCUGAGUUGAACCCUAAAUCAGCUUCCGUGAUAAAACCAAGAGAUGGAGAAUUACUCAGUACAUUUUAUAUUGAUAAAAGAGUGCCUGGUGCAGAAGAACCAGAAGAACAGGGCCUGGAAUCCUAUGGAACUGGAAUUACAAAUAUUUGUGAACAGUCACAUGGCUACUGGGAAUCAGUCUCUGAUCUUUUGGAAAACACAUCCUGUCCUCUUAAGUCCCCGAGCCAUCUCUCCAGCUCCUGUUUUAUUUUCUAUUCCUAAAUAUUUUGAACUUUGGAGGAAAUGCUUUCUGAGUCUGUUCACAUGGUGGUGUGCAUUUUAAACUCUGUCUUAUUAAAUGGUGUAUUGUGUUGCGACA